CACACUACCACAAGUUGCAAAGGUACGCGAGAGCAUUUGGAUAGACCAUUUUUUGUUUCCUCAACCUCAACCGGAGUGCGAAACUCGUCGCGGCUCUGGUUUUCCAUUUUCCGGCCCAUCCAACAACGCAAGAGAUGGCCAGCGAAAGCGUUUAGUGUGUAGUCGGUUCCGCCCCAUCCGCCCCUUUUCCCUCGUGUUUCAUCCCCUGUGCCGACGGACAAGAAAGCAUCCCCCAAAAAAGGUGUUCUUCGUGUGCUUGUGUUGCCUGCUCCUUUCCCCCACCACACAUAUCGGCCGUCCCUGAUGCAUUCGCUGUGUUAAAGCAUAGCCGCCGUGCAUUAGUCCGAGGUGAAACUGCGCGCUCCGUAGUGCCAAAUUUGGGUUUCGAAGUGCUGUUGGUGACGAUUGCCCGUAUUUGCCAUUUGACACGAUUGUUGCACUGCUGGUGCUAACCUAACCUUUCCCAUCACGCAACGCAGUGCCUUCUGGUGGUGGUGGUGGUGGUUGUCGUCGCCGCCAUUCGAGUCGUGUGGUUUGUUGUGCGGAAUAUUAUUGUGUUCAGUUGAUCGACGAUUGACCUAGUUGUGCAGUGCUGAAAGUGUUCGAAAAGUGCAUCUAAAAGUCCCCAAAACUCCCCCGAGCCAAAAAAAGGCAACGCGAAAAGCGCAUCCCAAAGGCUGUGCUGUGUGCGUUUCACCUUUUCCUUUUCUCACAUCCAUAGUAGAAACAGUCCACGCUGCAGUCAACGCUGACGCCUCUGUCCCGUGUGGCUGUGUGCGUGCGUGUGUAGGUGUGUGUAGUGCAGUGAUCCGCAGACUUGUUUCUCAUACCCACUGGUGGCCCGGUGGUUGGCCGCAGGGCGUACAGAUCAACCCGAAAAGAGGAGGCAGCGUGCAGAAAAGGCCGAAAAAGAAGCAGCAGCAUCAGCAGCAGUUGUGUGGCUCAAGCGACGCUGAAAUUCUUCUUAGCGUGCGACGCGCUCCUCCCCGCCCCCCCCCACCAGGUAUGGAAUGAGGACGAAAGUCCAGGAGAAGAAAGGAAAAAUGUCAACGGAUGAGCAACAGCAGCAACAGCAGCAACAGAAUCAAAUCCCCAACAUUGCCGGAACGAUCCUGAUCGGUGGCAUCGGCGGUGGCCUCGAUGGUGGUCAGCACAAGCAGCAGCAGCAACAGCAGCAGCAGCAGCACCAGGCACAGUCCCAACACAAUCCGCACCAGCAGCAGCAGCAUCAUCUGCACAGCUACAGCCACAUACUACCUCAUCUGCAUCAGUUCAGCACGAUGACCGGGUCGAAUCCGGCCAGCCUGACCGGCGGCACGAAGCUGCCCGCCAAAAGCUCCCCGCUCGGGCCGUCCCCCUUCCGGCAGCUGCUCCCAGUGACGCUCUGCAUCAUAUCGUUCGCCACGGUGCUGAGCAUACUGAUCAUCUACAUGGACACGACUGAGAUACGCCACCAGCAGUUCCGGCUGAACAUGUCGCGCGACUACGACCUGAUGGGCGUACCGCAGGACAACCCGGCGCUGGUCAAGUACGUACGCGACAUACACAUGAAGAAGUACCCGAUGACGUUCAUGCGCAACGCGAACGCACCGGUCGAGCAGCUGAACUUCACCAACCGGCACGAGCUGACACCGGAGAUGGCACACCUGAUAUCGGACCUGCUCGGCCGGAAGCGGUUCGGGACGUUCUUCCAGUCGCUGACCGGCAACAGCGACUCGAUGAUGACGGCCCCAUGGCUGGCGGAAACGAUGAACUGGGGCGGCUACCUGGUGGAACCGGAUCCGCGCAAAUACUUUUCGCUGCGCAAGCAGAACGCCUUCCGCUCGAACGUGCAGGUCAUCCAUGCGUGCCUGUCGCCGAACACGUACCCGAAGGAGGUAACGCUGCACCACGACGACGACAGCGAGGUGCAGAUCAACAGCGUGCUGGACGAGGAGACGGAAUGGUUCCAUCCGCGGGUCAAGUGCUUCCCGGUCUACACGCUAAUGCUGGCCGUCAAUCGAACGUCGAUCGAUUUGCUUAGCCUUGGCUGCCACGGACAGGAAUUGCAGAUUCUUCAAACCAUUCCAUUCGACCGGGUGCACAUCAAGGUCAUCUCGAUCCAUCUCGUGCACUACUUCGAGGAGGACGAAAUGAUGAUCGACGUGGACGAGUACGUGCAGAGCAUCGGGCGCUUCCUGAUGAGCAAAUCGUACAAGCUCGUUCGCAGCAUGGAUCGCAACUUUAUCUACCAGCAUCUGUCCGUGCUGUCGGCGGCCAAGCAGCGGCAGCGCCAGCAGCAACAGCAGCAAUCCUUCUCAGUGGCCGAUCAUAUGCUAGCCUCCUCGCAGCAGCAGCAGCAGCAGCACCCCGUCCCUGCACGCAGUAACGCUAUCAGCUCGGGCGAGAAGCCGGACGCGACGAUGGCUAUCCGCAAGGGUCAGGAAAUUAGCAGCAAUAGCGGAAAGAUACCCAUGUCACUGUCGUCCGCCGCGACAACUACGCCAGCACCGGCAACGACCACAUCAACCACGGCUGUACCAUCGUCCACCGCUGCCAGUGCGACCGAUAGCUCGGAACGAUUCGACAAGCUAAUGCUGUUGCGCGGUGGCGACUCGGAACCGUUCGAUGCAAGCGAUUCGGAGUUUGCCGGCAGUUCCGACUCGAGUGCAAUGGAGAGCGGGUCCGACAGUGAGGACGAAGCGCAACAACAACAGGCCGAACAAGACAAGCCGGCGGAGGUUGUUGAUCUGGAGCAAACGGUGUCACUGAUGGAACCGCUCGACGAGACAGAACUCGAGGAUGGGUCGGUACGUGUGGCCGGAUCAUCAUCACCGCCUCCGAUGGUGACGUCGCUGAAAUGAGCGGAAACGGUGUUGUUACCUACCAUGCACCAACUUCCCUCAGGAGAGCCAGUACGCUUGAAUCGGAUGUUUUUUCUUUUAAAUACUUAAAGCUACCAGUCCAGCAUUCCACUUUCUUAUCGUUUUACACCUUAACCGGUUUCGAUGGGCAGGCGCGCGGGCUGCCCAUUUAGCCAGAGACCAGUCGGUGAUAGAGAAUUGCCUUAAAUAAUGUUUGAUGUUUUAAUUUUUCACUUCAUAGUUUUUAAUAUUUUUUUUUUCUUUCGGGGCGUACCUUGCGUGUACAGAGAAAGAGCAUAAAUAAUACUUCUACGCGGUAUUACCUCUCUCAGACGGAUCUGAACAGUGAACUAAACAGAAUCUUUUGAACGAAUGGUAACAUGCAUUUAAGUUGCUUCACUUUUUUUUGAGGAAUUCAUUUUCAUUUUGCAUUAAAUAAGAUUUUCAUUUUAUACACAUUUUUAUCGUAAUUGUACUUUUGCCUACAAAUUAAAACAAUAUCAGUGUGGGUUGCAAACGCGUGACAGCAAUUUGAAAGUGAGAUAGAAUAUUAUUGAUGAUGAAAGCGAAUGGGAAAUCGUUUUAUCUGAGCAGAGAGCAAGCAAAACAAUCCUCGAAUCAUUGCCGAAAAAGCAAUAAGAAUACACAAUUCUUUCAACUAUAUUUAGAUAGCAGCAGUACGUUACGUUACUUACGAUUAGGAAACUUUUAGUUUUAUUUCUACAACACACACAUACACACACAGAGUUUUAGUCUAAAUUUCACUAUCGGAACAAGGAGCGAGGAACAAAGCCCUAUUAUUGGGAAUAACCGUGCUCCCCUCUUAGAAACAUUGAACAUGACGAUGACGGCUGCAUUUGUGAGAAAAGCGCAACGAUUUGAACAGAACAAUCGAGCAAAACCUUGUUGGUUCGAACAAACAUUGAUUCCUUUCGAUACAAUUAUUACCUGUGCACUAGUUCGAAGCGUAUUUACAGAUAGUUUAUAUUUGCGUGGAAAGAGCAUUGCAUUUGGUGGAUAGGUUUUGUUAAAAGUUUCGGCGCAAGGGAGAACUGCAAAUUUGAAAUCCCGUAAUGCGAUAAUAUACGGUUAAAAAUUAUAUACAUAUAUAAACUCCCUAUACAUAUAUUUAUACACACACAAUUACAAUCGUUAACGGAUGCUCUCUUAAAUUUCAAUCGUUUCUCACCGUUGUUAGAUGUUAGAAGAGUACGACCGGCCGGUACGUCUCGCCCGUGCUUAACACCCGAUACACAUAUAGAUACAAUGUUACGUACUUUUGUUCUGUUCCGGGUUUGCUUCAUCCGGUGCAGAAAUUUAUAGCGAAGGAGGUGGGUAGGAACCGGCCACCAACACAUUAAAAAGCUCAACGACUCUCUGCUAGUGACUUACCAUAUCUGGAAAUGAUUCCUAUUUUAAAUAUUGCUCAGAAAAGCGGAAUAUGAAGAGAGAAACACAAGUGAACCUGAUAUCAGCGGUUGUCAUUGGAAGCGUGAAAUCAAAUCGAAUGAAAACGAACGCGACUUUAGAUAGCAAAUGAAUGUGCACGACUAAGGGGAAAGAUUUUGAAACCCGCAUUUGGUUUCCCAUCUUCGCGAGCGAGGAUCGCGAACGAUCGCACCAACGUGUUGAAUCUCCCAACAGAAGAGAGAGAGAGAAAAGAAAGAAACACGCAACUGAAAAGUAAACAAUCGGAACACAGAGUGAGAAGUGAUGUAGUUUUAUACAUUCGCACCACGGUUCAAUGUCUCGUUUUGUUCGGUCCGGUGUUUCUACAGUAUCCGCACCGUGAACGCCGUCGUGGUGGAUCCCUUUUAAUCAUUAAGCAAAUAAUUGUAAGAGCAGAACGGUGUGCGGAUGGAUCUGUCCGUGAGGUGUGGAGUUCACCUUGUACCCUGAUACUACUAUUAUUAUCGAAUAUUGGCGAACGAUUGGCGCGUGAAGAGAAAGAAAGAGAGAGGAAGAAAAACGAAUAAUCUCGGGAACAUGUAAUAAAGACGGACGAUACAUUUCUUUUUACUUUAAACUAA